AGCUAGGUGAUGCAUUGUGUAUACUGGAAACUGGGCCAGGCAAUGGUGAGCAGCGCUCAGUACACUCACUGUUUACCAAGCAGACUGGCCCAUAACCGCCUGAUUGCAAAAUGUCACUGCUCCGUUUUUAGUGUGGAUUACUUUUGCAUUCCGUGCAGGUGAGGGGAGUCAGUUGGACGUGAAUCGGGAAAGGAUUCUCACGGGGAAGGCGUCCUCAGAUACUUCACACUUCAUUUUCUGUAGCGCUAAUCAGCGGGUACAGGAGUGACCAGUCAACAAGUCCACAUGGGAACCGCGGACAAAACUUGGGCUAUGGGAUGUAUUCAUAUCCUUCCCCGGCUUCUUAUCUUUUGGGCGGAAUAAGAGCAGUAACAUUCUCAGGAACGGGGAAUCUGUUCUUACAUUGUGGCAACUUAAUGAAGAACACCACGUAGUUAUCACAAAGGCAAAAGCUGUCAGAAACACCAGCACUUCCCGCACCGGAACUUGGUCCCAUUUUGCCGUCACCCUCCUACAUUGGCACAUCUUAAACUACAUCUCCCACCCAAACUUUCCAUCACGUUGUAAACAAGAACCACUUGCGUUCGUGAUGGAUGGGGAAUCGACCUUUCGGCGGAGGAAGGCACCAGAAAAGUCUUCCCUCGUUUACUUGGCGUCUUGUUGUAUUGUUCUCGCCUGUUGGUUUCUUUUAGUUUUCUGGAGCCCCAGGACGCCGAUAAAGACCUUCCUUAAGUUACACGACACACGAGUGGCGGCCCAUAUCAAAGACGUUGUUGAGCACGCCGACGGUUCCGUGGAUGUUGUCCUUCACUUGGAUGAAACGAAUGUUGAUGUGCGUGCGCUGCGAGAAAAUAUGUCAAUGGAACGAAGUAGUGCUGAACAUCGGCGUACCUUAGCCACUUUACCAUCCACUCAGUCGAGGUCUAUGAGGCCGAUCAUCACUAAAACGCAUUAUCCGCUCACUCUAACAUCCCCUUACGUGAUCAACAACCCUGACAUUUGCACAGGGGCUGCUGAUUUGACCUUUUUGAUAAUGGUACACAGUGCCCCCAACCAUUUCGGACGGAGAAGGUCCCUGCGAGAAACUUGGGCGAAUAAAAACAUCUUUAAAGACAUAAAAAUGAGAAUAGUGUUUUUGUUCGGACUGGCUUCAGACAGGAAAACUCAGGUGUUCAUCGAGAACGAGAGCACUGUAUAUAAGGACAUUGUUCAGGGAAACUUCAAAGACACGUACAGAAAUCUCACACAUAAAGGUGUCCUGGGCUACAGAUGGAUUUCUGAGAAUUGCAAUAGUUCUAAACUGAUUAUAAAAGUGGAUGACGAUGUUUUUGUCAAUAUAUUCAACGUCAUUGACUACUAUUUGCCGAAGUACGGUAAGAAACCCAAGCAGAUACUCUGUCAUGUUCGCAAAGAAGGUACAAGUCCUAUCCUACAUGGAAACACCAAGUUAAAAUGGGCAGUUGGCGAAGACGAUUUCCGGGGACACAAGUUUUAUCCCACAUAUUGCAAUGGGUACGCUGUGUUUAUGACACCUGAUCUGAUAACGGGGAUGUAUCGAGCGGCCUACCUCACACCGUUCUUCUGGGUGGACGACGUGUAUCUUUUCGGGCUGUUGCCGAAGAAAAUAGGCGGAGUGACUUGGGAAAGUGUUGUGAGCAAUUUCACUUUGAAUCAGAAAAUAGGACUGGAAAGUUACGAGUCCAAAGGGCCCACUAGAUUUGUAGUUUGCUCAGCCUGGGCAGACGGUGUCAUGGAGAGACUGUGGUUUGCAGCUUUAUCGCGAAUGACCGAUUCAAACCGGAAAUUAAUUAACGAUGACCUGAUAAUGGCAGUGGACGAAAUGGUGAGACAAAAAUCUGCUAAGGAAGCUUCGGAAAAGCUCGCUGCCGCCGCAGUUGCCUCUGUAGACAAAAAAGUUGAUGCCUCUAAGCGGAAAGGCGAGCCUGUGGCAGCGGUAAAACAGGCGCCACCUCAACCUGCCCUGGCUAAAAAACCAAAUCUGGAAGGCGCAAACAAUAAAGGAGCUGUUGUUGCUAGGGUCGACAAAUCAUAGGACGCAAAAGCAGACACCGUCACGGGAGAUAGUGCCAAUAUUCAGUUCAUCCACCAUCUGAAAGGUGUUUGUGCGAAUGUGAAGUGUGACAAAAAGUUUGACGUUCUCAAUGUAUGGCCAGUUGCUUUGUGAUUUCACCGUCACUCAUUACGGCCGUGGUUGGCUAAUGUAUGUAUCUUGAUUAUCAGGGCGCGAUAAACUCUCAGUUGAAUUUUUUUAUAUAUGGGAGAAAAAGAAUUUUGAAUGUUAGUGUGAUUGCUGUGGGGUAAUUCCCAUUUCAUUAUUAACGGCCCUAUCAUUAACCACAAGGACUUAUCACGAUCAAGAUCUGACUUAAAUGACAUUGCAUAUUGUCGCAUACUUAAGUAGAUUGAUUACGGCCAGUUUGAACAAUGAUGCCACAACUAGUUCUAGGAGAGAGUUACAAUUUUACGCGAGACAUCCGACGUCUCAUUUGGAUAGAUUGGUUUGUACCAAGCUGUCCAAAUUUAGGAAGCGUGCAUCGUACACAAAUCACACACGUAGUGCGGAUUUAAAACCGGUCUUGAACAGGAGUCUGUAUGUUAUAUUACUGUAUGUUAUUAUAUGGCCCUCUGUAGUCAAAUGUCAAAACUUUUACUAAGUCUGACCAGGUUGUGACCAUUGUGGAACAACGACUGUGGAAGGAAGAGUGAGGCCCGGUGGGUGGGGAACGAAGCCAAUGCUUCUGGGUAUGCAAACCACUUCCACUUGACGUUACUUUCUUUUAUAUAUUUAUUUGUUAGGUGUUUACGCCGUGCUGAGAACUAUUUCACUUCUACCAUGGGAGCCAGCAUUUUCCCGGGGAAAACCAACCACCAUCCGUAGGUUGCUGCAGACCGACACUUUUAGAUAUUCCCGGGUAGUACAGGAAAACAGGCGUAAACGAGCAUUGCGGGUAGUACAGGAAAACAGGCGUAAACGAGCAUUGCGGGUAGUACAGGAAAACAGGCGUAAACGAGCAUUGUGAUUGCAAAGAAGAUAUAAUUGAAAUAUAAGCGCGUUCACCUAUUUUAGUCAUAUCGGUAUUUGAACAGCCUCUGAUAAAAGGUCACAACAACAUCUGAGGCAAUGUUGGGUAGUUUCGAUUGUUUGUUGCUUAGUGUGAAAAUUCCUGUCCGUACCCGAGGGGAUCAGCGGAUUGUACCUCGUCGUAAUUUAUGGAACUUCCUAAAGCAAACAGUUGAAUUGUCUUUUUUUUAUUUUUACGCUGUAUUUAUGGCUUUACCAGAAUGUUCACGUGACGCCAUUGCGAUAUUUUCAGGUACUUUGAGAGACCUGACUGUGGACAUGCGAUAUUUUAUAG